UUUGUUGAACAUUUUGAUAAAAUUUAUAUGAAUUUGUGACUUUUAUUAGAAAAUAAAUAAUUUUAAAGUUAUUAUAUUAUAAUGUUUGAGUUUCAUGCAAUGUUUUAUAUCCGUACCCCAUCUGUUGUUAGACUAUAGACCCGACGAUCUAUAUAUAAUUCAGUUUGGAUUUAAUGAUGAAAACUUAUUAAUUAAAAAUCUGAUAAAAAUUCCACAACCUGCUAUUAACUCGCAAUAUGAUACCGGCUGAUCCGAUAAAACUCUAAUAUUGAUAGUGAUAUUUUAAUAUGAAGAGAUAAUUUAACAAAUUAAGAACGAGUUUCAAAAAAGAAAAAAAAAAAAGAGGAAGUGUGGAUAUCAAACAUGCACGUCACUGCCUAUGUCCCUCACGUGUAUAUAUAUAGUCCUCCAGGGAUUUGUGAAACCACUACUUAUAAACCUUUUCCCCUUCUUGUUACGUAUAAAUUUUACAAUAAUUUUGUUAGAUAAUUUUAAUAUCAAUCUUUGGUCCAUGGAGGAUUCGUCCAAAGGGUUGACAAAAGGUGCAUGGACCGCUGAAGAAGACAGUCUCUUGAGGCGAUGCAUUGAUAAGUAUGGAGAAGGCAAAUGGCAUCAAGUUCCUUUAAGAGCUGGGCUUAAUAGGUGUAGGAAGAGUUGUAGACUAAGAUGGCUGAACUAUUUGAAGCCAAAUAUCAAGAGAGGAAAACUUAGCUCUGAUGAAGUUGAUCUUCUUCUCCGUCUUCAUAAGCUUUUAGGAAACAGGUGGUCUUUAAUUGCUGGUAGACUACCCGGUCGGACCGCUAAUGAUAUCAAGAAUUACUGGAACACCCAUCUGAGCAAGAAACAUGAACCAUGUUGUAAGACCAAGAUGAAGAAGAGAAACGUUACAUUCUCUUCUACCACACCCGCCCAAAAAAUCGACGUUUUCAAACCUCGACCUCGACUCUUCACCGUUAACAAUGGCUGCAGCCAUCUCCAUGGCCUGCCAGAAGUUGACGUUGUUCCUCCAUGCCUUGGACUCAACAACAUUAAUAAUGUCUGUGAAAAUAGUAUGACAUGUAACAAAGCUGGGGAGAAGUAUGAACUUUAUAGUAAUUUAAUGGAUGGAGAGAAUAUGUGGUGGGAGAGUUUGCUAGAGGAGAGCAAACAGCCUGACGGGCUCGUUCCAAAAGGUACGGCAACAAAAAAGGGGGCAACCUUUGCGUUUGACGUUGAGCAACUUUGGAAUAUGUUGGAUGGAGAGACUGUAGAACUUGAUUAGUGUUUCUAUUAGUAUUUGUUUGUCAUCUGUGUGUUACUUUUGCAUUUAGUGUGGAGUUGUUUUCAAAUAAAACAAUUAAUGUUCUUUUUUUUUGUGCACAAUAAUUUAUGUUCUGGUUGUACUUAUAUUUUGCAAAAAAAAAGAUAAUGUGGUUUGUAUAAAAUUUGGAUUUCUUUUUC